UCACUUCAAAGAGCCGGCUCUUAGAGCCGGUUCGUUCGCAACCGACACAUCACUAUUGUUUUGAACGGUUCAACUUUGGAAGCCAUCGAGACACGACCUAGAAGCUGUGCUGUUCUGAGAUAACUCGGUGGACUUGCUGUUAGCUAAACACGGCUAAAGAAAACCUGCUACCACUUCAGGAUCAUCCAUCAGCUGGGACUGAUUCAUCGUGUGUUCUUCACCACCUGGACCUGGACAGCAUGGACACAGGUAGGGCUGCCACCUUUCAGAUAUGUAAAUAAGUAAAUGAGUUGGAGAAGUGGUUUUUCUCUUAGACAGCUGUGUUAUUCACACAGGUGUGAAACAUCUGUAAACGCCAGAUCUGGUGCAGGAAAAUGGCUGAACAGGGAGUGGGGACACACUUUGCCUUCUGCGGUUGUAAGUGAUAAUAAUAAUAAUAAUAAUAAUAAUAAUAAUAAUAAUACAUUAAACUUGUCUAGGGCUUUUUAGGUCAGUCAGGCUUCACAAAAAAUGCAAUAAACACAUAAUAAAACAACAUGAAACAUAGUAAACAGACUGGGGGAUGCUGGGUUGAUCUUAAGAGAAGGCCAAUUUAAAGAAGUGGGUUUUAAGCAGUGACUUAAAAGUAGAAAGAGAGACGGCGUUCCUGAUGUUUAGUGGGAGAGAGUUCCAAAGUGUGGGGGCAGCGGCUGCAAAGGCUCGAUCCCCCAUGGUGCCAUGUUUUGUUCUGAAAGGGAAAGGAGGUUGGAGUCAGCAGAACGGAGGUGCCGGGAAGGAGAAUGGCGAUGGACUGAUUAUCUUUUUGAUUUAAAAGUUGUGAAACUAUUCAGUAUAUCCGUGCUGCAAUAAAUGGUCUUCAGCGCUAAAGACAAAAACAAAAUGCUUACUACAGCCUCCACAUGUGACUCCAGAGAGCAGUCGCUAAGUCAGCAUGCAGCUCAGUGAAUUUAAUGUCCUAGUCGAGUGGGUGGUGGUCUUAUGGAAACAUGAGAGCAAGUCAAACUGCAGCUUUAAGAGCACUCUGAAAUUAUGACACGUCUCUAAAUAAAGUAAAAUUUUCUAGUGCAGAGGAGACAACCCAUAGAAGCACUGAUUUGAUCUCAUUUCAGAGAAAAAUAGAACAGGUUAGAUGCACCUAAUAAAUAAAAUUAUAACAAACUCAGGAAUCUGUUUCUUUGCUUCACUGUUCUGGUGCUGAGAAUAUCACUAAUGUGGAUCAAAGGAGAUCCACAGAUGAAUGCACCUCUUAUUUAUUAUUUGGAGACUACAUUUACUGCAGCUGGCAGAGGCAGAGGUUUCUUCUAUUGAUACACGAAUUUACAGAAUCAUUUUAAAUGUUAAUAGGGGAAGACUGCAGGAGGGAGCGGUAAAAUACAGGGGGUCCCCAGCAAAAACAAGAAACUUUACGAGUCUGAUGAAACCCGCUGGUUUUCCAUCAGGCAGUCACGGGGCAGCUCCAACGACCCAGUGGCUGUGCUGGGUCAAUGUUAUCGAGCUCAGUCGAGGCGACGUCGUGCUCUGCUUAAGAAGAGGUGUUAUUUUCCCGCUUCAGAAGAAGCGUCCAACGUGUUUUUACGCUUUCUCCGAGACAUGUCAUGUCGCUAAGUUUUUAGCGCCGCGCGCUAACACGUCAAUAGUGCAGCGUAGCCUGCUGGAGGUUUUAAGGGUUCAGAUGAAAACACCCGACCUCUCAGGCUGCUCACACAUCGAUCUUAAGUUGUCGCUGUUGCGCUCACAUCGUAAUACAGUAUUAGAUGCGGUUAAAGUCAGACAUGAAAAAAUAAAUUUUACAUGAAUAAGUGAUGAUUAACCUGGUGGGGAGAGGAAACCCUGUCAAGAUCGUCAACACUCAUUUAUCUUAAUGCUAUUGAAACAUGUAAACCAAAAAGCAUUAUAUCCACUGCUACCUUUAUGCUGUAACUUCACCCUGCCCUGCCUGCUCCUCCUUGCUGCCUGCCGGCUGUGAUCACAAGCGACAACAUAGUAGUUCCCGCUGCUUCCUCGUGAAACCGCUAAAAUAAAUAAAACUUGGGAUCUUGUAGGCGUGGCGGUGGGAUUUCAGCCGUGGCGGGCCGCCACGGCUACGCCUAUGUAAGGGAAACCCUGACAACUGUUUAUGAAAUAACGUUACCUUAAUUAAUGACAUAUUUUCCUAGUUUACAUUAUGUUGUUUGAAACCAAGGGUCUCAUUAUCUGAACUUUUUAACUUGUUGGAUCGUGAAUCUGUUUAAAAACUUUGCUCUAUAUCAGGGUUUUUCCUGGCUCAGACUGAGGCAGAGGUGGUACCAUCCUGACCGUGCGCCAGCACAUGCGUACUCUGUGCAUUCAACUGCCUCACUUUUUUAAAGGCUAAAUAUGUUUUCGUUAAGUGUUCUAAUCUUUUUUUUUUUCUUUUUUUUUACCGUGUCCUGUCUGGCUGUGAAGCAAGCAGAAUUGAUGUCUGAAUGCUGGUGACAAGCCUUACAGAUUUAUUCUCAGGUGGAGCAUCAAAGCGUUUGCUUUUAAUGUCACGCCUGAUACUUAAAACUUUAUUGUUAUUGUUGUUGAAUGCUUUGUAAUUCCGACCUGACACGGAGACAGAGGUGAAAGAGAGAGGAAAAGAAAAGGUGGGGAGAAAGGGGGGGGUUCCUCAAAAAUAAACAAUAAUGAACAAGAGUCUGCUUCGAGACCUGCAGAAAAAAGACAAAAAAAAAAAAACAAAAGGACACAAAAAAGGGACACAACAACAAUACAACAAGAUCUACCUAUCACUGCGUCAACUUGAUGAAAAAAAAAUAUAUAUGCAUAUAUAAUCAACAUUGCUUAACUGAAGAAUCACGAUAAUAAAUCACAACGCAUUAAGUGCCCACCAUAGUCUUAAGACAUGUGUUUAACGUGCCCAAGCCCAUACUUUUGAGAGCACCAUGUGAGCACCUGUGUGUGUACACGCGCUUGUUUAUUUAAGGUUUUUCUAUAGGAGCGCCCAACAGAGAGUGUGAGGGACCACAGAUCUGCCCCCCAGAGAUGCGCAGGAGACGGGGGGAGCUCCAAGUCCCAGAGAUCCAGGCGCUGCCCCAGAACGCAGGAACCCCAAGGAGACUGCAACCAGGAAGGCCCCCGCCCCCCUCGAGAGGCACAGAGGAUCGCCCCGGGGGGCCACAACCAGCAGCCGGCAGAGUCCCGGGAGAUAUCAGCGGCAAGCCCACAGGCCCGCCCGCAGCCUCCCACCCCCUAGCCGGCCGAGCCCGGGACCCAGCGACCCGGGACCCAGCGACCCGGGACCCAGCGACACGGGACCCAGCGACACGGGACCCAGGGGCGACCACCCCCGCCGGUGACCCAGCAGAGCCCAGGGACCCAGACCCCACCGGGAUCUAACAGGCAGAUGCCAAAAUCUUAAACCCCCAGACCCAGUUGCCCCGAACACUCAGGCAGACCAAGGCACAAGCCCCCACACCAGGUGUGGCGGGGGAGGGGGGACAGAGAUCUAUAUCAUCAAGAGAAGUUCCAGGAGAGGGGAGGACCCAAAGGCCCCACCUGACAUAUACAGUCAUACACACAGUCACACGCUCCCUCCCUCAUGCUCACACAUGCACAUACAACCCAAGACUUACAAAAAUGCACGCCGGACACCCACUCAUGCUCUCCAUACACACCCUAUUCACUCUGGUCCCGGUACUGCUGCACAUUGGGUACAACCAUCACCGGUAACCAGAGUUUGACCCUUUCUGCUGGGGUGCUGAUGAGCAGGCUCCCCCGCUCAACGCUGAGCACAGCAACCCACCACCCCAGACCCCAACCAGACGGCCAGAUCUCCCUCCUAGCCUCCAGCCCCAGGAAGCCCAGCAACAACAGAGGUGGCUAAGACCCCUAGUCUCCCUCCGCCUGCUCCAAUAUAGUGUUGUGUGAUCAUGAGGUGUAUUCCAUGGCUGUGGUGAGUGGGCAGUGCGGGCAUCAUCCAGCAUAUGCCAGCUGAUGCCACCGCACCACCCCACUUACACCCUCAGCCAUCAGUGUCUAAGUGCGGUUUAAAAUUGGAAGUGGGCACCGGCACUCGGGAGGAGGCUGAGAUAUCCCCCUGCCAAAUGCCGUUGAAUGUGCUCACUCCCAAGGCCCUAAUAGCUCUUUUCCAUCGCCUGGUCUGGGACGGUCAGGUCUGGGUAUUAUGGACCGGUAUGUACCGGUAUGGGUCUAGAAGUUUUCUGGCAAGCGUUUCUAUCACAUUCCAGGCUCCAGUAACUAGGCGGGGUAGCGUAAUGCGUCACGCGCGAUGUGUGCCUUAACGUCACACAGCGCGACGAGAUCGCGCCAAAACACAACAACAAUGGAGUCCAGUCACCAGCGCGUUCUUUCUGUUCUUGGUGUUUGGUAUAUUCUUUACACCCACAUCACGAUAGCGUUUAGAGCUAUGCUGUGCGCAUCGAGGAGGAGGGCAGCUGAAAGGCGACGACGCUUUCUGAAAUUAAUAUCGGACACGAGGCAUAACUUUCUACUGUUGAGACAAAGACGGAGGCGCCAGGUGGUAAGUAACUUCUAAUGCUGUAAUACAUGUCGUUAUAAUCUCUGAGGGGGUGUCUAGGGCAACUAUCAAAAAACAAAAACAAAAAAAAAAAAAGCACCAAAAUCAAAUGGUUUGGUUGUAUAUUGGUCAUUUAAGACAUGCUAAACAUGAAAGGCCAACACCUAACUAAGUUUCAAACAGCUUCUGCACUCAUGGUGAUGCUAGUCAACAGGAGGGCCUGAAUCCUUCACUCUUUACUUCCUGGGCUUGUCAUAGAUAAGUUGUGCAGCUGUACUGAAAUUAUUAUAAUUAAUUAUAUAGGUAAUUACAAGCAAUACCACAUUUGUGCAUUUUAUAAAGUGAACAAAACAUAGCCAGUCACUGGUAGCGCCAUAAAGAACAGCUGUUAUUUUAACCUUAAACAAAUUCUAUUGAUGUGAACUUUAUGUCUAUAACCAUACUGUUUCAAUCUUUUUCACAGCACUAUUCUUUUUACUUUUACUGUGUUAUGACUGUUUUUUUUUUUAGUUGGCUCUUUUGAAUCAGCGACGGCAACCAACUGUGUGGGCCUUCAGCCGUGCCAGUGCCUUCUGGGAUGUGACCAUGCCAAACUUCACUCCGUCAGAUUGGAUAGCUCAUUUCAGAAUGUCAGAAGAGACCUUUUCAUAUCUUUGUUCCAAGCUCCGUCCAGCCAUGCAGAAGAGGAACACCAACUUCAGAGCCUGCGUGCCACUCAGGAAAAGAGUUGCAAUUGCACUGUGGAAGCUUGCAACUAACAGUGAAUACAGGAGCAUCGGGCUUCUUUUUGGUGUCAGCACGACCUCUGUGUGCCGCUGUGUGCAGGACUUCUGUAAGGCUGUCUGUAAACUCUUGCUUGCCGAGGUUAUUGCUUUUCCAACUCUGCAAAAGCUACAGGAAAUGGCUGACUAUUUUGAGACCAGGUGGGGGGUUCCUCAGUGUGUGGGUGCCAUUGAUGGUUCCCAUAUCCCAAUAAUCGCACCACAGGGAUUCCACACAGACUACUUCAAUAGGAAAGGUUGGCAUUCCAUAAUCCUCCAGGGCAUUGUGGAUGGCAGAGGCAUGUUCUGGAAUGUUAAUGCAGGUCAGCCAGGUAGCUUACAUGAUGCCCGUGUGCUGCGAUUGUCCACAUUUUGGGACUUGGUUGCUCAUGGACAACUGCACCCAACUAGUACCAAGAACAUUGAGGGAGUAAAUGUAGGCUUUUAUGUGCUCGGGGACUCUGCCUAUCCUCUGCAGAACUGGCUCCUAAAACCAUUUUCUGACAACGGUCGUCUCACUGCUGAACAACAGACGUACAACAGGAAAACAUCCAGAGCCAGAGUUGUGGUCAAAUGCAUUUGGGAGGCUAAAGGGUAGGUGGCGAUGUCUUCUGAAGAGUAACGACAGUGAUGUAGAGCUUCUUAAAUACAUGGUGCUGACCUGUUGUGUGCUUCACAAUAUCUGUGAGAGCCAUGGGGAGGAAUAUACAGAAUGUGACGCACCUGCUGAUGAACCAGUGGUUGCAAAUAUGCAGGAAGUUGCAGAGGAGGGCAGUGAUGUGCGUGAAGCUCUGAUGCGACACUUCACCCGCUGACCUCAGUUUGUGUUUUUUCUUUCCAUUUACUUUGUUUAUUGUUUUGACACUUUUAACUGUUCGAAGCCUGUAGUUUGAACUGAAGUGUUUGUUUUAUUUUCAGAACUUAAUAAAGUACACUAUUUUACUGUUAACGAACUGUUGCACCUUUCCAUUUUAACAUAUAUUUAAGGUGGGCUGUAAUGUAAUCUACAUUUAUUAUGUAAAUUUAAAUUUGCGAGCAAAAAAUUUUAAGACAAUUCAUGCACACCUUGUUUUUCUUUGAAAAUUUAUUGAUAAAAAGGACAGACGGAUAAAAAAAAAUAUGGGACAAA